AUGUCUGUAAUUCUGCUGUUGCUCUGCUUUGCCACCAGCUUCUACCUCUUUCGGCGAUCUCGGCGGAUGUGUAGAAAGCGAGAACAGCAGUUGGAGGAAGGCAAGGUGGAAGUCAGAGAAGCUAGAGCUAUGUGGCCGAUUGACGACAAUCUGAAAGAUGGCUCCUACUCUACCAGAAGUUUCCAGUCGCUCAGCCCUUCCAUGCCGCAACCUCCUUCACGGGCCGCACUUGUUGGAGCGCACCCUCUCUAUCAUCCUUCCAUUCAGCGCUCACGAACUCUGCCAAGUAUCCGUCCGGUGCAAUACCCCCUCUCUCGACCUGCCGUGUCAUAUCCUCAUAUCAUCAACGGCCAAGUAAACCACCUCGAAUCUCCACGAGUACCAUUCUCUGAACUCUCAUACACGAGGUCGGAAUCAAGGCCCAUGACUGCCCAGAAUACGAUGCAAACCAGGCGGCCACAGACACCAGAGCCCCUGUAUUCUAUCACACCAAUCCGAAGAAGUGAGUCUCUAGACCCUUUUACUCGUCGUCAGAUCAGAUCAUUCUGGUCGAUCUCUCCAACGGUUAGCAUUGCGCCCACUUCACCUAGCGUCUGCUCACCACGAUCACCUACUAUCAAUCAAUCACAAACAUCUCUAAGGCCACCUCCAACACCUCACGAUUCUCCUGUACAGCACUCACCAAACCAAACCCCAUCACCACAAGCCCCGCCGCAAGAACCAGGCAAGUGUCCCCUCUUCGCUCUUGAUCGAGACGACUCGCCAACUCUCGAGCCAAGCACAUUGCCCAAGUUUCAUCUGAACAUGGGCACCACAUCAACGGCAGUUGAAUUCCCACCCAUGCCAUACUCUCCACCUCUAAGAUUUCCACAUCAACCCCCACGAUCUCCUACGCCCCCUCUUCCGAGAUCGCCGAAAUCACCUCGAUCUCCGAAAUCUCCAGUUCCGAAGUGUGAAUCCCCAGAAUGUUCACUUGAGACCCUGGCGAAGUAUGACCAAGCGCCAUUUGAUCAAAUUGAACGAUGGCUGGAGGGAUCAGCAGGUACAGUGUCGGCCUUUGGCCCUCUGCUUGCUGAAGAUCCCUCUCCAUCAAGGACAGGGACUUCGCCAUUGACGCAAGCACUUGAUGAAGAGUCGUCACAAAAAGAGAACGAAGAGAAAGGAACCACCUCAAAGCGCAUAUCGCCCAUUCGAGCUAUGCGCACCAUAGCUUCUAGAAAAGGAAGUAGAGAUGAGAUUGGUGCUGCACUUUGA